GAAGAAACAGUGCAGCCAAUAGGAAAGUUGUGCGCAUGCGUGCCGCACGCCGUGGCUGUUUGAUAUCGUUCGGGGAAGGGUCGCUUAUUGAUUCCGGAAUUCGAGAUAUUUUCCAGCGAAGCUUCUGCUGCUGCAAUAAAUGCGUUGGUCCUUAUGUUCCGGAAGGUUAAAGCAUCCACUUAAUUUUACAUAAGUACUCUUUCAAUGGCACAUAUCAGUAUCAACCAAUAUUUGCAGCAGUUACAAAGAAAUGAGACUUGUACCAAGGCCCAGCUCUAUUCCUUCCAGAUUCUGGGAGGUUGUCCAUAGCAUAAAAAUUGUAUGGGCAGCAUGUGAUUUCCAGAUGUUCAUGGACUCCAGUUCCAAUUAUCAGUGGUACUGGAAUCUAUUGAUGGCAAAGAUGGAUUGUUUUGUGCAGAAUUAGUGUCAUUUAAACAUCCUCAUGUUGCAAAUCCUAGACUGCAGCUUUCAUCUCCAGAAGAAAAAUGUCAACAAGUACUGGAACCACCUUAUGAUGAGAUGUUUGCUGCUCAUUUAAGAUGUACUUACGCAGUUGCCAACCAUGAUUUUGUAGAAGCGUACAAAUGCCAAACAGUUGUAGUACAAUCUUUCCUGAGAGCUUUUCAAGCACACAAAGAAGAAAACUGGGCUUUGCCUAUUAUGUAUGCAGUGGCACUUGAUCUUCGCAUUUUUGCCAACAGUGCUGAUCAACAACUGGCAAAGAAAGGCAAAGGCAAGAUUGGUGAUAUGUUGGAAAAAGCAGCCGAACUUCUUAUGAGUUGUUUCCGUGUAUGUGCAAGCGACACUCGAGCCAGCAUUGAGGAUUCAAAAAAGUGGGGCAUGUUGUUUCUGGUGAAUCAACUAUUUAAAAUAUAUUUUAAGAUCAAUAAACUUCACCUAUGUAAACCAUUGAUAAGAGCAAUUGAUAGCUCAAACCUUAAAGAUGAAUAUAGUAUGGCACAAAGAGUUACAUACAGGUAUUAUGUUGGAAGGAAGGCCAUGUUUGAUAGUGAUUUUAAACAAGCUGAAGAGUAUCUGUCUUUUGCCUUUGAGCACUGUCACCGGUCUAGUCAGAAAAACAAAAGGAUGAUAUUGAUUUAUUUGCUGCCAGUGAAAAUGUUACUGGGCCAUAUGCCAAUGGUCCAGCUUUUAAAAAAGUAUGACCUCAUGCAGUUUGCAGAAGUUACAAAAGCUGUGAGUGAAGGGAACCUUCUUUUAUUAAAUGAAGCUCUGGCAAAACAUGAGACGUUUUUCAUUCGCUGUGGUAUCUUCCUUAUUCUUGAGAAGUUGAAAAUCAUCACCUACAGAAAUCUCUUCAAGAAAGUAUAUUUGUUACUUAAAACUCACCAGCUAGCUCUAGAUGCCUUUCUGGUUGCCCUGAAAUUCAUGAAAGUCACUGAUGUUGAUAUUGAUGAAGUCCAGUGCAUUUUGGCUAAUCUCAUUUACAUGGGUCAUAUUAAGGGCUAUAUCUCGCAUCAGCAUCAGAAGCUUGUUGUCAGCAAGCAAAAUCCUUUCCCUCCACUUUCUACUGUCUGCUGAACUGAGGAAUGUUGCUCCUGGACGGGGAUUAUGAUUGGAGGAGCCCUCUUUAAAAGGUGGGACAGUAUUGCAUUUAAGACGAAGAGAUGGAGAACUAAGAGGGACAUGCUGAAGAGAUUGCUGCAGCACAGAAGAGAAUGAAUGGCCCCCCUACUUUCUUCCACUCAAAGGAAAUGAUUAUGAUCCCCUCUCGGUAAUCUUCAGAACCAUCUUCUGGAAGGCAAUUUUCAGAAUAGGUACAGAACGAACUAUGUAUUGUUCCCUCAGAACCUUUUUGUAGAUUUUUCUUGAUAAAAAUCCCAAAUUAAAUAAACAGCAUUAUAUUCUGUUGAUAACCUCUGGUGAAUUCUGUGUUCAUAAACGUGACCAUAAUUGAUGUUUUCAAUUUUAAUAUUGCUAUAUUUU